AAGCUUGAACGCAAACUUAACACGUGCAAUUGUUGGAUAGCUUUUAGUUCCUCCGCUCUUGUUUGGGGUGCCACUGAGUGGGCUUGGCCUGGUCUCCCCGUGCUCGCGGGGGUUAUCUGCGGGUACUUCGGCUUCCUUUCGCAUUCCCCAAAACAUGCAUGUUGAGUUCAUUGGUGACUCCGAGUUGUCCGUAGGAGUGAAUGUGAGCGUACGCGAUUGUCUCCUUGCGAAUGGCCAGCAGGCAGACCACAGGCUAUCCUUCCUCCUCCCCACCUCAGCCGGAAUGGGCCCCAGCUCCGCCACGAGCGUUCCAGCAGUCGAGAUGGCAAGCCCUGCCACUCCUAGACGUUAAUUACUUGUGAUGGUUGAACUGAGGCCAGCUGUCCAGGAGAGCUAAGCCGCACUGCACAUGCCCAGUAUUGCACCAGCUUUUGCUUUGUGUCCCCCACCUGAUGCAAAUGGUACAAACCUUCCUUUGCGCUAUUUUCUCCCCUUGGUGAGUCAGGACAUCAUAAAUCUUCCCACGUGUCCCGAGAAUAAACAAAAAGUAGCUCUAAUCGUUAGCUGCGAUUCCAGACUGCUGACUGCAAACAAUUUCCCGUGAUUCAGGUCACACGGCAUUGUGGCUUAAAGGCGAGCUAUUUUUUUUUUUAAUCUGUACAGUACACUAACACAUACCAUCGGAUAUUGAUAAUGUACACACACACGCACACAUUUAUUUUUCUUUUCCUCUGUACAACCCUCAUGGUCGACUUGGGGCCAGUUUGCAACUGGUUGGGCACUCCAGAUGUGGAGUGUAAUGACAAAAUCUGCGGACAGAUGAGAGAGCCUUGUGGAACACCGACAUUUUUCUCCUGUUUGAGCCGUCAGUCGUAGCCAGCUAAAAUAUUUGAUGAUUGCAUUAUUUGCGUUUGAACUGCUGACAUCCGUAGCAUGUAUGUGCAUUUUAUGCUUUGCGAAUGUAUUUGUUGUAUCAUCAAUCAACACCCAAUGGAAGGUUUCAACGAUUAGCGUUCGAAUGACUAAAAUCACGUGAUUGACUAUGUAUUGCAUUGGUAGAUAUAAAUGAACGAAUGGACGUUUUUGUGCAAGGCGUUCCACUGUGACUCAGGAAAAACAUUGACGAGACAAGUUUAUCCACACUAAGCCGUGAGCUAAAAGUGUUCUGGUCUUGACGCAACGCAGGCGGUCCAAGUAAGUCGUGUCCAGCAGAUUUCAGUUCAAGCUUGCAAGUGAUUAUCCUUCUGGCUUUUCCAGGCUAUCCUUAGCCUCCUCGUGCAUGUGAUUAGCGGUUCGGCGCCCUGCCGGACGGACCCAAACCGAAAACCUGGGCUCGCAAAAGACGCUUGGACGUCCUUGAUGGAGGUUUUGGCCUCAUGUUUGGAUUGUGAACACGGAGCAAAAGCUAGGAUGACUCAAGAGCGAGGCCUGGGCAGAAGGACGUGUCGAGGUUCCGCGGCGGUCCUCCACUUGCAUAGCGCUGAAUAAUCGACGAGGAAGGCCCGGGAAGCAGCCAUGUCCUCCCACAAACGCGGCUUCCAGUGCUUCAGCGCCGUCCCCGCUUCCCACAAGCACGCCGGCUGCAGGCUCCCCCGCAUCCCCGACCCCGACGCGGCCGAGGCGGCGGCUUGCUACCUGUGGUCCCAAUGCAGACACGCCCGAGCCCUGGAGGCCUUCCACUCGCAGGCGACACCUCUGUGUCCCUACCACCGCCAUCAGCACAGGAGGCCCAGCAGGCCCGACGAGCCCCCUCCUCGCGCCAAGAAGGUGGUCCUGAUCAAGAACAGCGAGCCGUCGCUCAGAAAGACCGUGGUGCUGCAACGCAAGGGCCUGAGGAGCUUGGGGCUGUUCCUGGAGGAGGUGUCGGAGCUCCUGCAGUACCACGUCAGGAGGCUCUACACCCUGGACGGACACAAGGUGGAAAAUGUUCAAAGCAUCAUCCAGUGUCCCAGCGUUCUGGUCUGCGUGGGACGGGAGCCUUCCCAUCCCUCCAUUUUGGAGAGAUUUCGUAGAACCGCCGAAGACAAGCUGCCAAAGCUGACUGCAAAGGCGCGCUUAACCGGCAAUGAAGGACAAACAGUUCAACCAAAACUAACAUCUGCCAACCGAUCCACGAGGCAUUCGGUGUCUUCUGAGAAGUCACUUCCAGAUGGAACGGAAUCACCAGAUGGCGCCGGGUCUGUCUCGCCCACCGCCGACGGGACACUGGACGACAAUGUCGAAAAACAAGUCCGCAUCAACAAAGAUGGCAGCUUGUCCAUGAAGAUGAAAGUCCGCUUUCGGCUAGACAAUGACGAAACCUUACUCUGGUCCACCGAAGUGACAAAGUCCACCAACAACGCCAGCGAGUUCCCUCAGGAGCUAGAUAGCAUCGGAAGCUGCUCGGGUUCGGAGAUCUUUUCUGCCAGUGAGCCAGUAGAGGCCUAUGUCACGAGGCGGCGUCACAGGCAUGCACAGUGCUCUCGCUAUCCUCACUGCUACAACAUCUGGACAAACGGGCCAGGCCCACGGGGAGAUAGUUGCGGUGCUCAGACCUCAAGUUCAAGUGCAUCCUCGCGCACGUUGGUCUCCAGGAAGACCGUGACUCAACGAUCGAGCGAAGAAAACGCAGAACACGUGGUGGAGCAAGAAACAUGUGUUGAGGCCUCUGAAACUGUGGAGUACUGCACCAUCCGAGCUGGUUCUUGCGCCAUGGAGAACAGCGAGCCAAAAGAACAACCAGGAUCUGUCGUUAGCGGCGACGAUGCUUCACCCAGUGCGACAAGACCAUCCUCGCAGAGUGGAAAACCUGUCCAGGACGAGGGCACGGAAGAUGCCGAACCAAAUACGUCAGGGAAAUCGUCGUCAGGAUCCAGUGACGCAAAGCGCUCCGGCACGGUCAAACAAUCCAAGAAAUCCUACGCAUGUUACUGUGGAACAUCGAAGGAUGAUACAGAGGCAAACUCGGAGGAGACUGGCAAAGUAGAAAGACCGCAGAGUUCCACGUCGGUAAAACCAAAUGUCAGUCCGAAUGCAGAACCUGAAGGUGGAGAGGAGGAACGAUACAAAAGUGCCAUGUCAGUUCAUUCAAAUGCCUCAACAAAGUGCAAAGCAGAUGUCUUCGAGGCUGACGAAAGGCCACCGAGCCAAACGUCAGUCACGUCUGAGGUGAAGAGUGAACAGUGUCAACCAGAAAAGGAAGCCGCUGAAGAAAGGCCACCGACGUCCCUGUCGUCUAAAUCCAAAACUUCAGUCACAUCCCGGGGAUCAGCUGGCGGGGAUGAGGAAAAAGCUCCGGAAGACAAUUCAGUCACAUCAGCUGGCGGGGAUGAGGAAAAAGCUCCGGAAGAGCACGCCGAUCACGGGGAGCAAAGUGAGACCGGAGCCGGACUGAGAACGCAAAGCCAAACGUCGGUGUCAAAAGCACCCCCACUAAGUGUAUUUGACCGAUCGAAGGUGGACUCGCAAGAGGAAUCAAAGAGUACCGAGGAGGCACAGGACCGAGCACUGAGUGUCCGGUCCUCCGUAUCAAAUGUUUCUGCAGGCACGCAAGAAAGAUCUGCGAGUGCUGUGUCUGCAACAUCAGGAAAGUCGAAAAUCUCUGACGCAGACGUGAUGUCGAGAGGGGUCUCCGUUCAUGUUGAUAGCGGCAGCGAGGAGGUCCCGCAAGAGAGAGCUUCAAGUAGCAUGUCGGUUGUAUCCACUACAUCAGACGUGAGGUCAAGACAAUCGAAAUCCCCACCAGUCGGUGUUGGCGAAGACACCACAGAGGCAGCUGAAGACAGACCGCAAAGUGCAAUCCAAUCAGUUAACAUGACAAGCCAUCGCCAGUCCAAAUUAUCCAAAUCUCCAGACGGAGGACUUGACAAUGAGUGCAAAAGUGAAGCAGGGAGCAGCAUAUCGUGUCAUUUGGAAGACAGCGUGGAGGAAACGCCCAGUUCUGAUCAAGUCGAGGGAAAUCCUGCCAACCGCAGUGAGUCUGAAGCAAGGUCGCACAGUGCCAUGUCAGGGAAAACAGGGCAGUCGGAAUCUUCUGCAAUAGCCACCAAGUCUAAGGAUUUUGAAGCAAAUGGCAGCAAUGAGGAAACCGCAGAAAGGGCGGAAAGUGUCAUCUCUGCUAAAUCAAGGGCAUCCAACAGAUCUUCUCAAGCUGAAAGAUCUCAGAGCGGGCCUAUCGGAGAAGAAGCGAACCAGAGAUCACCGAGCGCCACGUCCGUUCAAUCAGUUAAGUCGAGCCUUAGUUCAAGGUCCAAUGAGCACGAGAGGGAACCGAGUGUGAAAUCGGCCAUAUCUGCCAAAUCAACACAAUCUGCUAAAUCCAGUGCACCCGAAGCCGGCAAAGUUCCAGCUGAAUCUAAAGAUGCAUCCGCAGAGUCCAACCAUCCAAACACUCCUUCAAACGGUGUUGACACAAACGAGAGAGCGAUGAGCACCAUGUCAGCAAGAUCCCACCUUUCUGCAAGGUCGAGCAAGUCUAAAUGUUCUGCUGAUGUUCCCGCGCAAGACGAGUCUCGCUGUUCCGAGGAUGAAGAAAAUAAGCAAACAGGAAAAAGGCCUUCAAGCUGCACAUCUGCUACAUCAACCCUCUCGCACGUUUCCGCAGAAAGAUCGCCCAGUGCUCUGUCAGUGAAAUCGCAUGUUUCUAGAAAAUCUGCUAAAGCAAACCUCUCAGAGGUAAGCGCCAGCAAAAGGCUCCCAAAUGAAAAUUUGAGAGAGGAAUGCGACGAGAGAGCGCAGAGUACCGCGUCAGCCAAAACGGCAAUGUCGACCCCUCCCAUGAGAUCCACAGCACCAAAAGGAGAUGACGAUGCAUGUGACCAUGAAGAGAGGGCACUCAGCGGAAUGUCGGCCCGAUCUGCAAAGUCACACAUCUCGGCACCGGCGGGGUCGGUAAAAGAUAGCGUUUCUGAUCAUGGGGCUGAUUCCUCACUGGAGGAACACAGUGGGAGCAUAUCACUAACCUCACUGUCCAUGAAAUCAAGUAAAUCAGCCCGAUCCGGUAGGUCAAAAUGCUCGGUUGAAGUUUGUAGGCCAAAGUCAGAUGCGUCAGAGACAUCUCAUGUAUCCGAGCUUGUUUCCGAACACGUCUCGAGCAGAGCAGGGAGUAAACUGUCUGCCAAAUCUGCAAAGUCCAACCGAUCCAAAGUCUCAGCUGAAGAAAAUGCUGGUCGUCGAGACUCUACGGAAAGACCUUUAAGCAACUCGUCAAUCAGAUCGGCAAAAUCUACAAGUGUAUCCGGAGCAUCCAGAGGGGUUUCUGAGCUGAUGAGUGAACACAGCAUCGAAAUUGCAGACGUUGAGAGUGAAGAACUCAUGAGCUCUGAGCAGUCGGUUGCAUCUGCGACGAAGAAAGAUUCCAUACUUGAUGGACCAGCGGAAGACACCUCCCAAUGUGCAGAUCAAGACGAGGACCGGGAACAACUUGAAGAAGGGCCAGCCCACUCACAGGCUUGCGGUGUCAUCGAAGACGUGUCCGAAUGUUGUCUGACCUCGGGAAGAGCUGCUAGCUCCUUGUCUGCAAAGUCAGCGAUGUCCGCGGGCUGCUCUGCAAAGUCAAAGACUUCAGCGCACUCUCUAUUAUAUACAGCCAAUGAAACGGAGUCCGAGCACCAUGAUGACUCUGAAGAGAGAUCGGCAAGCGGGGCAUCCGCCAAAUCGACCCGGACAAAUGGAUCUGAGUCACUGAGAAGUGUAGCAGCGUGUGAGGUUCCUUUGGAAGAAAAUGCGGUAAAAGAGGAAGAAACAACACCGAGGCCGCCGAGCGCCGUCACGGCCAAAUCGAGCCGAUCUGCCAAAUCAGCACACUCGAUGACUUCGGCAAAGUCCAAAUCCUCAGUUGCAGCGCAGGACAACAAUGAUGAGAUCUUCGAGAGCGCAGUGAGCAGCACCUCUGGUAAAUCGGAUCAAUCCAGGAGGUCAAAAUCCUCAGCUGCAACAAACAAGUCGAAAGCCACUGGAGAUGCGGUGAACACUGAUGAUAUUGAGAGAAGAGCAAAGUCUGUUGUCUCCAUGUUGUCUGGAGGAUCCAAAUCAUCUCUACGACCGCAAAAUGAAUGUGGUGAAGAGGAAUGUGAAGAAGGGAGAAGACAAAGCGUAAGGACAACCAAGUCAGACACAACUUUCAAGUCGAGGUCAUCAAAUAUAUCCGACGGGAGCAGGGUCGAAGGAGUUCAGGGAACACCCGCUGCGUUGUCAGUCAAGUCAAAUCAGUCUUCAAGGAGCAGAAAAUCAGGAAAGGGCUCCAGUGGGCCCAAUGAAGGAAUUGAUGAAAGAUCCAAAAGCGCAACGUCCAAUGUGUCUGCAAAAUCCACAAAGUCAGACCUUCCUGUCGUGGCAAUUGAGGAAUCUGAACACGGAGCAGGCACAGCGGUGCGAUCCAAGUCCCGAGCGUCAGCAACAUCUGAAGUUCUGGAGAAAAAAAGCAAAGAGUCAGCCCACUCAGGGAAAUCCAAGAAAAGGGAUCUUUUGGUGGCUAAAGAUCAUGACAAACAAACAAAAGCCAUUCCUCAAAGUGGUGAAACUUCAGUUCACGGAGACGUGAGCUGUGAACAUGUACCCAACGGUCCUAAAGAAACCACAGAUGCUGGUAGGAGUGACAACAAAAGUGACACGCAGACGGUGGAUGGUGAUGACGAUGAAGCCCUUGUUCCAUCAAGCCUGCCAAAUGCUUCCCUAACCGAAGUCGUCAAUGAAUGGCUCAAUAAAAUCCCGCCCGACGGAGAACUGUUUGAUAUGGAGGAGCUCAGCGGCAACGUGCUGCAUGACACCAAUGGCAACACUGUCUCUGAGAAUAAUCUCAAUGGACUGAACGAGGAGGCUGGCGUUUCUGACAGUGAACAGUGUCAUGAAACGGCAGGUGAAAAGGGGGCAAAUCAUCCGAGAGAUACUGACUCCGAGAUAUUUCACUCUUCUGUGCUGGUGAUGAAAGUCCUUCUCAACCCCAAGCUAGACAGAUGCAGCAGUUUACCAGAGGUUUCGCCUUCGUAUGGACGUAAACUUAGCACCUCGGCCACAAGUCUCAUCGAUUGCCUCGCAAAGCUGCAGUUGAUAGACACCAAUCCUACGAGUGCGGACGAAAAAUCGGAACGAUACAAAGCGCUCGUGGAGGGCCUUCAGUCUCUGUGGCUUUGCGACCCCGCCGAAAAUGAACCCGUGUUAGAAGAAAAAGCCGACCGACAUUCUGACAAGGACUUUAAUCAGGGAUCAUCCUCUGGCAUCGACAUCAACAGUGGCUCCACAGGUUCUGGGAAGAGCAGCGGCGGUAGGAAGCAACAGCAGACCCUCGAAGUCACACCAGGCAAAGCCCAGGAAGUCCCCCAGGAAGAAGGGGCGGCGGGAGGAGAGGAAGAACAAACGCGUGAGGAAAGCCCAAAGGGAGAUGCGUCAACCAACGAGACGAUUAGAAGCAAUGACAGUCCAAGAGUAUUGUGUGACAGCCCGCAUUCCUCUGAUGAGAUUUCUAGGAGUCCACGACAGUCCCGUAAGCAGCCAUCUCACGACCCCGAUCCUGUGUGGGUCCUUAGUUUAUUAACCAAAAUAGAAAAGCAGUUCAUGACUCAUUAUGUCAACGCAAUGUGCGAGUUCAGAAACCAGUGGAACGUAGAUGAUCACGAGCAGCUCGACAGGAUGAUAAGCGAACUCAAGGAUGAGAUCCACAGGCGCAUUCAAGCGAGCAUAAACAGAGAAUUGCGUAAGAUUAAAGGUCGGGCGGGGCUGCCGAGACCUCCCAAAGAAGCUAAGUCGAGACCUUCGACCACCCAGACCGACGAGAGGAGACAACGGCUUAGGAUGAAAACCAAGCCAGCAGGAAAAAGCGAUGAUUCUGCCACGAGCACCAUUUUCAGCGAUCAGCGUGGUGAGAUCGAGGAUGACAACUGCCCAUGCGAAUCGUGUCUUCGGAAGAAAAUGUCACUGGGGCCGCAACGUCCUGCCGGAGUUACGAAUACCGCUCCGGUUCUCAUGGAGUUUGAUCUCCAAAGGAUUCUUCGGAUGAGGAAUGAUAAUCGAAUGCAGGAUUCUCUGGCCAACAGUGAAACAAAAGCAGCAGCAGCGAGACUUGUUGGACAGAUCCUUGACCACGCUGUGAGAGAAGCUGUGGAAGAUGGCGAUAUGGAAGAUCCGUUUGAAGUUUUGGAAUGCAAAAAUGAAGCGGAAAAUAAAGUUGAGGAAGCCAGGACUGAAAACGCCCCAUCGCAAGAGGACAGCGAGUGCGAAGUCUCAGGUGGAGAUGCUGAAGCCAAUGCAGCUGAGGAUGCAGAUGAAGCCAAAGAGUCCACUCGUGCAGAUAGCUCACACGAUGAAGCGGAAGAAGAUGGCGCCGUCGAUAUGGCAAGUGAAACGCCUGCCACCAGUGGAGAUGAGAGUGACCACGAAUCCACUGUGAAGGACUCCGACGAGGUUGCUGCUGAAAACGCGCUGAUCACAGAGGUGGCUGCAGAAGAUGAAGGUGCGGCACAAGAGGCUGCUGUGGCAGUCACAAGUCGACAGGAAUCCGAGGAAGUUGAAGGGCGAGGAGUCGAUGGUGAAGAGGAACCUCCUGCUGCAAACGGUGAAGAGAAUGAUAACCCAGCGACCGGAAAUCAAUCAAACGAUGACGAGUCAGGGGAUGGCGGGGGCAAGGAUGGAGAGGCUCCGGACACCGCCACGUUUGAAGAUGAAUAUGCACCACAAGAUGCCACCAUCACGGCUUCCGAUGACAAUAAAACACAGGAAGAUGAAGAGGUAAGAGAGAGUGAAGAGAAUGACGAGGCAUCCACCUUGAAGAACUCGAACGAGGACAAGGACACAAAUACGGUGGAUGAGGUUUCUGCAGAUGAUGGCGGAGAAGAUGAAGAUGCGGCAUUGGUGGUCACCACAAGAGCUGCAACUGAACAUGAAUCUGAGGCUGAAGAAGAAUUGGCAGGAGAAGACCAGGAUGAGACUCCUGCCACUAGUGCAGAUGAAAAUGAUGAGGAGGUUGAUGAGGAGGUUUCGAAAACCGUUGAAGAUGCAACACAGGAGGCCGCUGGGUCGGCCACGAGUGAACAGGAAUCUGAGGAAGAUGAGGAAGGGGGAGUUGAGAGUCAAGAGGAGACUCCUGCCACAAGUGGAGCUGAGAAUGAGGAUGCUGCAGAGGUUGAGAUGAUGAGUGAAGAGGUUUCUGAAACCGCCAAAGAUGAAGCUGCGGCGCAAGCGACAGACUCGAAUAAAGAGGAACCAGAGGGGGAAGAAGAGACUCUCGCCACAAGCGCAGCUGAGAAUGAGGAUGGAGCCGAUACAGAGCAACACGCCGAAGAAGAUGACAGAUUGCGUGAAAAUGUUGCUGACACCACCGCAGCUGAAAACGUAGCCCAAGAGGCCAGUGGGUCGGCCGCUAGCGGGCAGGAAUCCGCCGAAGAGUCAGACGGAAAAGUCGAUGCCGAAGAGGAGACUUGUGCCACAAGUGGAGCUGAGAAUGAGGAUUCAGCUACUGACAAUCAGGCUGCUGCAAUAGAUGGGAUGAUGACUGAUGAUUUUCCUGAAAUAGUCAAAGAUGAAGAUGCUCAAGAGGCAAUCACGAGUGAACCUGAAUCAGAGAAGCGCAAAGAACCCAAAGUCGGUCGCGAAGAGGAGACUCCUGUCACAAGUGGAGAUGAGAAUGAGGACGGAGCUGACACAGAUCAGGACGCCGAAGAAGAUGACAGCUUGAGUGAAAAUGAUGCUGGCACCACCGUAGCUGAAGAAGCCGCACAAGAGGCCACAGUGUCAGCCACUAGUGGAGAGCGAUCCGAAGAAGAGGAAGAAGGAAAAGUGGACGGUGAAGAGGAGACUCCUGCCCCAAGUGGAGAUGAGAAUGAGGACGGAGAUGCCGCAGAUCAGGAUACUUCAAUCGAUGGGAUGACGACUGAAGACGUUUCUGAAACGGUCAAAGAUGACAAUGCGGAAGAGGAAGCCACGAGUGGACCUGAAUCAGAGGAGGAAAAAGAACCGGCAGUCAGUGGCGAAGAGGAGACUCCUGCCACCAGCGCAGAUGAAAACCGUGGCACUGCUUCGACUGAAGAUGAUGAUGAUUCCGCUACGGUGAAGGACCAAACAAAUGCGCAAACUAAAAAAGAGGAUCUUGAUGAAAGUCAACAAGACCAUGUGGAUGACAAUGAAAAUUCAGGAGAAGAAGAUCCUGCCCGAACAAGCGACGGCGGAGAAGAUGCAGCAGAAGCUCCGGAUGACGAGGAUGUAUCUGAUAAAGCGAGAGGUGAAGACGUCACCGCAGCAAACACAAGUGAGCAGGAAGAAGACGAGGCUGCCAACAGAGCUGAGGAUGACAGCGGCGAGGAAGGUGAGGUUGCUAACCAAGAGGAGGCGGCUGACGAAGACUCCGAUCAAGAGUCGGCAUUGUCUGCAAAAGAGAACAUCGCUGAAGACCAAGAUGCAUUGAUGAAAGAGUCAGAGCUUGAAGGGCCUGAAGCAGAACCUGAGGAAUGUUUCCAAAAGGACCAAGUCGAAGCAACGGGUGGCGAUUCUGCAGAGGCCCCCGGAGAAGGAUGUGAUGAAGCGGAGGAUGGAAGCGAUGACGUACGGGAGGCUGAAGAUGACCCAGCAAGUCGUGAAGAUGACGAGAAUGAGGAGCCUGUGGUGACAAACAACGAAGGCACAGAGUACAUGAGCAGGGCAGAAAAGGACAAACGCAAUGAAAGGGGAGACAAUGGAAAGCACAGUCGAGAUGACCACGAAACAAACGGAGAGACAACGGAAGCAGCCGAAAAAGAGGAGGAAGAACCCGAGGUGAUCACCGAUGCAGGUUCAGACGAUGCGAUGGAUCCGAGUGCCGAAAACGACCAAAUGAGAGACGGUGAUCGUGGCGAGGAUGACGAGGAAGAACCUGCGGUGACCGACAACAAAGAUCCAGAUGAGGCGGUCGAGCCGGGAAAGGAAAACAAGGAAAGCAAAGACGCGUGCAACGAAGAGCAACCGCAGGACGAUGACCGGGAAACCUUUGAGGCAUCCGAAAAAGAGGAGCGAGGACCCGAGUCCACCGGCCAGGGCGAGUCAGCUGACGGCGAGGAUGGGGCAGACUCCGAUGACGACGAGGAUCAAAAGGAGAAAAGCGAGGCGCGCGAUUUCAUACCCGGCGAGGCGGGCAAUCAGAAAGCCGACAAUGGGGUGCUCUCGGAACGGACAACAUUAAGGGUGAAGACCGCUUUGAGUAAAGUGAAAGCCGAGUCUGACGGUGGCAUCGAGGCGGACGGCGAAGAUUCAGACGCGUAAAAUGUUAAGGGCAACUAAGAAGUGAAGCCGAGGACGUCGAGAUGCGGUAUUCCGGUUGCUCGGGGUGGCGCGAGUCCAUGCUGAGCACGAUGUACAACUCGGCGACAAAACCAACCUCGGAACCACAACCUCGAUGAUGAGGCAGCUACCAAAUCAGCUCGUUGAGAUGACAGACUCAUGCAGUUGUUGUUACAAAGGGAAAACUUGAAAAUGUUUCUGGACUGCAAACUCAGACGGUGAACUCAAUGGAAGCCUCAAACCUGGAAUGCGUGUUCGAUUUCUUUGUUUCUUCCGAUUGAAUGGCCAAUAAGUGUAUUUUUGCCCGUAUACUACAGCUAUCCAGUCCUUUCAUUACGUCUACGUCUUUUCCCCAUUUUAAAAUACUUUUGGUUUCAAUCUUGGGCUCGUGAUACGGUAUAUUUCCUCGUUACCUCAUUCAUGUUCACUGGUUAACAUUAGCUGACAUAGCUGUAGUAGACCAAACAAACGUUAUGGUGACAUACAGAAGACUAUCGGUCAAAACUAAAAAAAGUGGCAGGUAUUACCUCAGCUGCAUGUAACAAGCACUUUUUGUCUGUGAAAUAAAAUGCAG